AUGCUGUUCAUAUUCGUUUACGUUGUCACCGCAGUCAGUUUUCUAUACAUAAAUUAUUAUAAGGUCAAAGGUGAAAGUCAGUCCAAUGAGGAAGUUAAGAACCUCAUUGGUGGUGUCUACACGAAUAAUAUAACACUGUUUUUUCGUAACUCUCCUUAUCGCGUUCGGAGUGAUGUAAUCGUUGAGAAGAGAGCAACACUCACUAUCGAAACUGGCGUGCAAAUUCAUUUCGAUACUGGUGUUGGCCUUAAAAUCAAAGGAACUAUAAAAGCAGUUGGUAGUGAGUUCGCACGUAUCCAAAUGCUUCCCUAUCAAGAAACACUUGCUUACGAUGAUCAAUUCCCACAAUUUCGGUUAAUUGAUGGGCCAUCAGUACGGCAAGGAAGACUUCAAGUGAAAUUUCGUGAUCGUUGGAGAUCUGUUUGUACGAUGUUGACAAAUUGGACUGCGGUUGAUUUUAUCGCUGCAUGCCGGUCGAUCGGAUACUCAAAUGGAGGCUUCUGGAAAUGGUAUAAUCGAAACAACGAUACUUAUCCAUUUGUUAUGCCUCAACCGAUGUGUUUUCCUGGUGCAAAAUCCCUGUGGGAUUGUGGUGGAUUUGUUAAUUCGGGCACUAUUCAAUUAAGUGAGAAUCUCUGUCAAGGUGAAGAUGAUGUUGGAAUGUACUGCUGGGGACCCCCAAUUUUUAAUGGCUGGUUUAGGCAUUGGAAAGGGAUACAGAUUUUAAACUCUCCUUUUGAAUUCGUUUAUUCCGACCCGGAUAUGGUUUCCGUUCAUAAAGAAUCGUUAAGCCGACUUGAAUAUGUCGAUAUAUUCUAUGCUGGCUAUGACGGUGCUUCAAAAAACGUUACUGCCGCGCUCCAGAUUGAAGGAGUUGCACCAAUUUUGAAUGGCUUAAGCGUAAAAUACAGUGCUCAAGAUGGUGUUCAUAUAUAUGAAACGUCUGGACCAGUAUUAAUAGCCAAUUCGACCAUCGUCCAUAAUAGAGGCCAUGGAAUCGCAGUGGUCAAUACAACUGAUGGUCGUGUAUUUAUUAACAAUACAGUAUUGGAAAAUAACUACGGUGAUGGGGUUUAUUACCAGCAAAAAGCCCAUGAACUCUUUCUAAUGAGAUUAGAGAAAAAGCAGAUUUUUUACUAUGAACAGCAAAAGCCAAGGCUUGAAAUGUGCACUAGCCAUAAAAUUUAUGAUUCAUACUUUUUUCCUCAUCUGGUUGAAGCAUAUCUUCCAAAUGGAACUAUUCUUGAACCGAAUAUUCCUUCACCUUGUUGGAUGAUAAUCGAUCUGCCUCCUCGAUUAAAAUAUACUUACACGUUGCAGUUUUUAAAUAUUGAAAAUUAUGAUAGUUCUUCACAAGAAAUCAAAACGCAUUUACUUGUCUGUGAUGCGAAUGCAGAUUCUCAGAGUUGCCUCAAUGAACGCUUUAGAUUGCCAAUAAUUAAUGGUGUUUUUCCACAAAGCCUUUCUAUAAGAAAUUCAGGCCAUCCGAUUUUGAUCAUUCUUGAACAUAAAAAAUCUGGUUCGAUCGAACGAAUUCUUGGUGAUAUCAAUAUAUUAUUUAAUGUUCACGCUUCUGUGCCUGGAAAAGCUAUUUAUGGCUUAAAUAUAACAAAUUCUCUAAUAGCAAAUAACACUGGAAAUGGUAUUAGAGCUAUGGAUAUUCGUGAACGGACGGCUUUAACUAAUGUUUCAAUCAUUGAGAAUGAAGGUAUAGCUGGUUUGUUGGUGAAAGGUGGCGCUGCAGAUAUAUGGAUUAACGCCUCACGCAUAGAAAGCAACUGGGGUGAUGGAUUAAAUAUUUCUUAUGUUGGCGGUUCAAUUAACGUAAAUGGAACUUCUGUAAUAAAUAAUAGAUGGAGAGGUUGUGCCUUCCAUCAAAAUACAACUGCUCCUUUUUACGCACUACGACAGGAAGUUAUUUUUAAAGGACGACCUUUAAACAACAUUUUCUAUCUUCGGACGCUAAUUAUCGGUAACAAAUGGGGUGGAAUCCUGUUCGGAAACUUUUGCGCUCCUUUACAUCAAAAGAUACAACCCAAGGUAAUAAUUGUUAACUGGGUAGAAUUGAUAGCUAAUGAAUACCAUCCUUCUAUUGAAGUUCAUUCAUGCCAAAGCGAUGGAAUGAGCAGUGUUUUACUUGAUAUUAGUGGAAAUCGUAUCGAGGGUGGAACUGGUAUAGGAUUUCGCAUGGAACCAGCUGUUAACACGAUUGCAGUUAUUAGUAAUAAUCAAUUUCUGAGCAAUAACAAUACAGCUUUGCUUAUCAAAAACUCAGCUCACCCACAACUUGUUCAUUUGCCAUCGGAGGUAACAAUUUUAAAAAACUCGUUCAAAUUCAAUGUAGGACAAAGUAUUGUGUCGAUUGGACUCAAUGAGAACGCUCCGAAGCAGAAAAUGUUGUUCAGUCAACAGAAUGAAGUUCGGGAAAAUGGUGUUAUUAAUCCGUUUCCAUAUUUAAACCCUCGUUCAACACCUUAUGCUGCUCUUGUCAUCUCCAGUAGUAAUGUUAUCGUUCGUCGUAAUUGUUUCAAAAAUCCACGAGCAGCUUUCGAAAUCGCCACUGAACUCAGUGAACACGCAAAAUUGAUCGAUGCACGAGAAAAUAAUUGGGGAUAUCCUCGACCUGAGAUGUUUAUGCAACGAAUUUUUGACCAGUUUAAUCGUUAUUCUCUUGCUUCAGUUGAGAUAAACCCAUUCGCAGCUGUUUGUAACCAUCGCAAACCACACAUCACCCUGGUGCAACAGUAUUAUCGUAUGUUUAGAAAAGAUACAGAACCCUAUAUCUUGGGAGGUACCAUUUGGGAAAACCAGGAUUUAAUUCCUGGUCGAUAUAUGAUUAACGAUGACCUUAAUGUUGUGCCAGGUGCAAGAUUAACUGUUUCACCGGGCACUGUUUUGGAAUUCAGCAAUGGAGUUGGAAUGCUAAUUCAGGGAGAACUUAUUCGAACUGACAUGCAUGGGUCAGAUGGACCAGUAAUAUUCACUAGCCGACCGUUCCAGUUACCAAAACUACAACAAAUUCGACUUGUUGAUGAGAAUGAUAAUUCAGAGGUAACUGCUGGCCGGUUGGAAGUCCUAGUUAAUGACCAGUGGGGGACAGUUUGUAACCGAAGUUGGACGAAACAACAGGCACUUCUUGCUUGUCAUCAACUCGGUCUUAUUAUGGAUGAUGAGCAUUUUGAAAAUUGGCGAAUAUUUCCUUCAAAAGGAAGUCUUCCAAUGGUGAUGGAUAUCAUCAGAUGUGAGGAGAAAGAGUAUGACAUUACAAAAUGUCGGCAUGACGGAGUUGAACAUAAUAUUGCAUCUUCUUGCGCUGCUUCGCAAGUUGUGGGUAUUCGUUGUUCAGAGCCUCGAUGGGCUGGUGUCCAUUACUCUUUAUUGGCGAAUCCUCCGGCACUAACUGGUCAAACUUCAAUGCAUACGUGGAUCAUUGAAAAGGCUGGUCUGUACGACUUUAGAAUUCCUAAAUUCAGUGCCGCGCUUCAAAUCGACUGGAAUUAUCAUAGUUUUCAUGAUAUCACGAUCAGGGAUAAUUUUUGGACUGGUAUCGAUAUAAUUUACAAUGAUUUAACGAGAAAGCCGGCUAUAAGGAAUAGUCUUUUCGAGAAUAAUCGUCGUCAUGGAGUUAAAAUACGAUCAGUUGGCAUCACCAUUGAAAAUGUAGCCAUAAAAAACAAUGGUUACGCGGGAUUUCGAUAUAAACCGCAUGUAUCGCAUGCACUACAGCGUGAUAUUGUUACAUGGCUCGAAAAGAAAGAAUUGGCUGAAAUGGAAGCUAACAAUAUUUUCUUCAUUCCAAAUAAUAAGCUAGUCUCGCUUUCAGUCCAUGAGUCGCAACUUAAUCAACGGAAUUUUCUUGUUGCAAAAACUACCAGUGAUUGUCCUUUACAUCUUCUUGAUCCUUGCAAAUACGAAUUAAAUUUAAAAGCAGCUGGUUUUGAAUAUGGUUUUAGUUCCAAAAUUAUUGUAGCCAGUAUACUAAGCGAUGAAGAUAUGAUUUUUAUUGAUGAAAGUGCAAGAAAAGAAUGGAGUGUUCGUAAUGACAUAAUACAUUUUCCAAUAAUAUCUUCUAUUAAUGAACUGAAGCUGAUAUACACCAGAACAUAUGGUAUCCCACAAAUCAUCGUAUUGAUACUUUUUCUUGAUGCGCAAGAAUAUGUUGACCGAUUUAUUCAUAUCCAUCAAUCAGUUAUCAGUGGUAAUCAGUAUGGCGUCGCUUCCAGUCAUUAUUCGAAUUUUGUUUCACCUGAUGGAUCAAUACUCAAUCGAUGGUCUAAUGAAAAACUUUGGUUUCAGAAAGUUAAUUUCACCAAUAGUAAAGCGAGUAUUUUAUGGAUUCAUUCGCCUCAGCAUGUUGUUAUGAAUGAUACUCCUAUCGCAAAGAUCAAUUAUCAUAUUGAUAACUGUUCAUUAAGUGAUAAUACUGGGCCACUGAUUGAGACUCACAGAGAUUUGUAUAGCAGUGCGAAUGUUUUUUCUUGGAACUUUUGGUCAAACACUUUCGAAAACAAUGAAAAUGGUGGAAUAUUAAUUCAUUUGCCUGACACUUAUGAUUUGCUGUCUCCCAUUACUCAUUCUUUUGUGGUUACAGAAAAUAGAUUCUUGAAUAAUUUGAAUUUUGCGCUUCAAUUAAAUGGCUUUUACGCAUUCGUGAAUAUUUCAUCGAAUAAUUUCACCAAUAACUAUGCUGCAGGGAAUAGUGGUAUAGUUGAACUCGUUGGGAUGGAAAAAAGCAUCAUCUUUGAAAGAAAUCGCUUCGAAUCGAAUUGGGGGCAUUGGAUGUUAAAAUUAAAAACGCUAUCACAGACACAACGUUCGAAUAUAAAGGCCUUCAUCCAGUAUAAUUAUUUUCUGAAAAAUCAUUUUAUUCGAACCAUCGAUGAUUACGUCAUUAUGUGGCCACGUUCCUUUGCAGUUGGUGUAUUUGGAACUCAGCUUGCUGAUGUGCAUUUUAAUCGGUUCAGAAAUGUUCUUCUUGAUUUUGAACUUGUUUCUGGAUGUAAGACGACAGAAGUAACAGAACGCAUGAAUGUCACUCAUAAUUGGUGGGGUAUGGUAAAUGAUGUGGAAAUAUCGCAACGAAUCUUCGAUUUUGAUGAUUGGAAUAUUUUUACAAUUGCCGAUUUCAGUCCGUAUUAUACGUCUGAAGAACUGUUCAUAAAUUUCUGGUGGAAUCCAGGUCAACUUGCUACUUCAUCUUAUACUGAACCGUCUGUGCAUGACCUCCAAGGACGCAUGUAUGAGUCGAAAACCCUUAAAUUGAAUCGCGAAAAAUGGCAUCAAUUUCCAUUCUAUUAUAAGCCUUAUCGACCAUAUCGAAUAAUAAAGGAUUUAACGAUUAUGCCAGGUGCCACACUAACUAUCGAGAAAGGUGUAGAAGUUCAUAUUUGGCCGAAUGUCAGGAUCCUUGUACUAGGUAAUUUGAUAGCAGAUGGUACUUUUUGGCAACCAAUUAGAUUUAAGCCUAUCAACGUUACUGAAUACGAAGAGAUUCGUGGACUGCAUAUUGCGCGUUAUAAGCGAUCGAUUAUUUUAUCCAGUCGCGAAAGUGAGAUAAAUCAAAUCGCUUCUCGAAUAAAACAGAAGCGUCGGGAUCCUUGGACUGGACGCGAUAUUUUAUAUCAGCAAUUUAUAUAUCGAGAUUACCCAUAUUAUCAAAAGUUUGAUGUUCGAUUGAAUGGCUCUAGUCCUUCUUCCGGAUUCUUAGAAAUCUAUAAUGCAACUUCGGGGCGCUAUGUUCCAUCCUGUGAUCGGGAGUUCACCUUACGCAAUGCUCAGGUUGUUUGUCACCAGUUGGGUCUAAAUCACCAUAACGUGUACCAUUGGCUAACUCCUCGAUGGGAUUACAACCCGAAAAUUCGAGUAUUAGAAUUUUACAUGGAGCCUAGGGAAUGUUUUGGUUUUGAAGAACGACUUGAUAAAUGUGCAUUGCGAAUGAAUGGCAACUUGCAGUUGUGGCAGUGCAUUGAUAACGAACAUUUUAAUUAUAUUCACUGUGGUCCGAAUAAAAUAUUAAAUGAUGAUUUCGUUGGCAACUGGGGUGGUAUAGUUUUUGCUGAAGCUUCGCUGGAAAAUCAGCGGCAAAUUUCAGAACCUGAUGCUUCUAUUUUACGUCACGUAGAAAUUAUUGGUGGUGGAUUCGCUCACAAUGAAACUGUGGGUGUAAGUGCUAUUGUGUUAAUACAACGAUCACCCUUGUUGGAAAAUGUUAAUGUUACAAAUUCUUCUAUGCAUGGGAAAUUGGUAAUCACCGGAAUGAAUAUCACUCAGAAUCGUGGUCAUGGAUUAACUAUUUGGAUAUUCAAUCAUCAGGGGACUGGAGCAAACCCAGCAUCCACUUCCGGAAAACUAGAUAUCCCUUAUGAUAUUCGCGGAAUGGUAGAUAUGUGCUCAUCGCGUAAAAGCUUUCAUAUUACUUCCCGAAUUAUUCUUUUUUACAAGUAUGAUUCUUUCCCUGUGGAUUGUGUAAAGCACUUUGUGGAAAUUGGUCGUAAUAUUGCCUUUUGGUUUUUACAAGUAAACAUAUACAAUGGAUCGCAGGUAAACUUGGGUCGAGCUGAUUCUCUCGCUGUUUAUAAAGAUGAAUUAUUUACUCAACUUUUACAUCGUUACAAUGGAAGCAGCUUAGAUUUUUCUUCACCACUGCAGUCAGAAUCACAUCUCGCAUUACAUUUUCGUGGCAGUGCUGCUGAUUCUAAUUAUGGGUUUCUGGCAGUAGUCUCCGUUCUUCCAUCCUCUUCUCCACUUAAAUUGGUAGAUGAAGUGAUUAUUCGACAAAGUCGUUUGAUCCAGAAUGAUAGGGGCGCAUUAUCAUAUAGCAGUGCUGGUGAGAUGGGCCCGAGCUUAUUGCUUGAAGAAUGUAGCAUUCAGAAUAAUGGCUAUCAUCUUUUUGGCAAUAUUACAACUUCAACUCAUGCUGUUGAGUUGCAUUUGCAUAAUACUUUGAUGCGUGGUGUUUUGGUGAGUCAUAAUAUUGGUGGAGUUUACAUAGUUGGUAAAACAUCCAGUCCUAUCGCUAGUCUUGCAUUGGUUAUUAAAGAUUGCGCCUUCAGCUACAAUGUGAAUGCGACUUCACUGAAAUUCUGUGGGAAUGGCAAUCAACUAUAUUUUUUUAACCGUCUAAGUCCAUAUAUAUCUCUGGGCCACCCAUACAUUAUGUCUCCUGGUUAUGUCAAUCUAAGAUAUGUGUGA